CCCUAUCGACAAGAGUGGCGGGAAAAAUAAAAGUGUUGUGUAAUUCACAUUUCCUGGUGUGUCAAACCGCGUGCUGCAUAAUAUGGUUGAAGGACCAGGAUGCACGAUCAAAGGGGAGAAGAUCAGAGCUAGGUUAAGAGGACAGAAAGUGAAGAGAAUAGAGGGCAAUGCAACUAAAAUGAAAGCCAAAAAGCUCCCUGAUGGUGGCUCUCAGUUUGACCAGUUUAUUGGCCUCACUCUUCAAGAUGUGCAGACUCUUGGGAAGGAACUGUUCAUGUAUUUUGGUGAAAUGUGCCUUAGGAUCCACUUCCUAAUGGCAGGGUCAUUUCGUGUGAAUGGCCAGCAACUGGACAAUGACUACUCCAAGGUUGCCGAGACAGCUAGUCUAGAAAUACAGAUGUCACAGGAUGUGCUCACUUUAUACAAGUCUGGUGUUGAAGUACGUCUGUCAGCAGAGUGCAGAGGACGAUUUGAGCAGUUAAAGAGCCAAGACAUCUGCUCCCCUUCUUUCAACCACACCCAAGCUACGGCAGCUGUGGCCGCAGAGAAGGACAGAAUGGCGUGUGAUGUAUUGCUGGACCAAACUAUACUCCCUGGCGUGGGGAACAUCAUCAAAAAUGAGGCUCUGUUUGAUAGUGGAGUUAAACCAGAUACAAAGAUCUCUGCACUUACAGAGGUUCAUGUUUCCUUUCUGGUGAAAAUGACCAGAGAUUACUCCAUGGUGUUUCUAGAAUGUAGAAGAAAAGGGACCAAACUCCCCUGUAAGAUAUAUAACAGACAUAAAUGUACAGAAUGUGGAAACAAGGUGACCAUCACACGGAUGGGGGAAAAUGAGAGAAUGACCUAUUUCUGUGACAGUUGUCAGGUCAACGACCUUCAGAAAAAGCAGUCAAGGCACCUACCUUCCAAGAACAGCCUCUUAGGUUGGGUCAGUGGUGUUGCAUCAAACAAACAGCAGUGGGGGUGUCCAGUCUGUACUCUCCUCAAUGCUUACAAUAGACUGACCUGCUCUGCUUGUGGUCAUAAGAAAAGUGACCACCAGAACGACCCAUCAAAGUCGACCACAGAGUCCUGUGAUAGACCCGAAAAAUGUAAUGAAAAUCCAAAACUUGGGAUAAAGCGUUGUGCUGGGAAGGAUAGUAGUUUAGAAUUGCCAGCAUCUAAAAAGAGUAAAGUUGCAACAGUAGAUAGGAAACUGUUUGUUGGCAGUCCUGUUAAUGAGCAGGAACAACAGCCAAGCAGUGGGACACAACAAGAACUGUUACAAAAACAACAAGAGCCACCAAGUCAGAAAAGUUCAAUUCCAAUGUGCACCAAACAUAACAAGCCGUGUGUCAUAAGGGAAGUGAGAAAAAAAGGUGAAAAUCAAAAGAGGGUUUUCUUUGCCUGUUCUCUCUCUAGAGGAAAACAGUGUGAUUUUUUUAAGUGGGCUGAUGAAGCAUUCCCGCUGUGUGAACACAAUAAAAGAUGCGUUAUAAGGACUGUAUUUAAACAAGGAGUUAAUAAUGGCAGAAAGUUCUUUGCUUGCACAGCAUCCAAAAAUAAACAGUGUGGUUUCUUUCAGUGGGCAGAGGGAUAUUGACUAUAUUAUUUACACUAUUGAUAAAAUAAUAUUUGCAUUUAUACGGUAGAAGUAUUUUAUAAUAUAAUAAGAUAAUAAAAUAACUUGUAUGCAUUACUUUUUUUGUGUCAAGUUCUCAAGAAAGAACCAUUUAUAGUAUCAUAUUUUUGUUUUACUUAAUAUUUUCUGAGUUUUUCCUCAAUUAAUUGAUUAAUUAAUUAAUUAAUUAAUUUAUUUAUUUGGGGGGGGUUGUUAAAAUGCAAGUUUCCUUUCGAAAUUGAUAUGACUGACCCAUGUUUUAAAUAAGUUCAUUUUUUUUAUUUAUUUACUUUUGCAACAUUUUACCUGUUAGGUGUCAGUAUAUUUGCCAGUUUUGCUGUUUUUUUUUUUAAUCAAAGACUUAUUUUGGUGUAUCAGUCUGGACAGAUAUGAAAAUUAUAACAAAGUUAAUUUUUGUAAAGCUUGGAUUAAUGUAAGAGUUCUUCUGCAGUGGCAGUUUUCUUUACACUUACACAUUGAUUGUGAUAUGUUCUCAUGUCAUUUGAGGAAUGAUAUAAAGAUAAAGUUUGUUACAUUGUAUUUUAAAUAGUAUGGGUGAAGCCAAGAGGGGUGGUUUCAAGAAGCUGGUUUUCGGCUGAACUUAUGGCCUUGGAGAACACAUCGGACUAAGUUGUCUUCUUGAUGACCAUUUCCCUUUCCUUUCUGCAUUUAACCCAAGAUCUUUGAGCAAAUUUUGAUUAUCUUCAUAGAGCUUUUCACUUGCAAUGCUAUGGUGACAGCUGCCCAUAUAUGAAUGCCACACACAUUUGUUGUGUUCUCUUGAAAGGUUUACAUCAAUAUUGCAGAGUUGACUGUAUAGACCAGUAUCUCAUUUCAGCUCUAAGUCUAGCUUAAGACUUUAAAAUAAAUUAAGGACACGAUCCCUUGAUGCUUUCUAACGAUUCUUAUUAUAAGGUAAUAAUAGUAUGCAUAACCAAUGUAUCAGUGAAAAUUAUUAAUAACUCUAGUAAUCUUACCAAACUUAUGUAACUUUUUGCCAGAGGUUACAAAAUUAAAGGUACACCAUAAACAUUUGAAAUUGUCCAUAAGUCAUAUUCACAUAUUUGGCAUUUAAAAAUGUGGAUAGGAUAUUUAUAAGCGUCGUUAUUUUCUUAUAUGAGGUUAUAGUUUAAGUUUUUGAAACGACCAAUAAUAUUUAAUAUGCAUAAUUUAAAUAUGUUGUGUAAUUUUUUUGACAAUGUCUAUAUUUUAAAAUUAUGCAGACAUAGUAUACCAGUAGUUAAAGAUUUGUGAUUCAAUAAUUGCCCACCCUGAUCUUCCUUCAGCAGGUGUUUAUUUACCUCAAUUCAGUUGUGAAUAUGUCUUCAAUCAUUAUAUACAUGAGCAUCUGUUUAAUUCACUUAACCAUUGCUUUAAUAUUGUGCACUAAAAAUAGUUUAAAAUUGAUGACUGGAUAUAUCAAUAAAUAUGUUCAAAAUAAAACGA